GAUCAUUCAGUUCAUUGCUAUGACAGUAACGUUUGCUAACAUGCACCAAAUAUAAUGACCUCCGUCUUUUAAAACACCGGUAUGUUUCUAUUUACUUUAAUCGUGAACGAAUCACCGGUGAUUUUAAUGUGAGCCUUUACCUUCGUGUAUCGUUACCCGAGACGUUGGCUUUAAAAAAUAUUACUCGGUUGCGCAGACGGACGGUAAUAAGCGAUGACUGCUGGGGGAAAGAGCCGACAUCCCGGCCCAUGCCCGCUGGCGCUCGCCAUCUUUCUGCUAGUUUUUACUGAACGUUUUGUGGAAACAACGUCUGCAUAUGACCCUUACAAAGUCUUGGGUGUCAGCAGGAGUGCGAGCCAAGCAGACGUCAAAAAGGCAUAUAAGAACCUUGCCAAAGAAUGGCAUCCAGAUAAGAACAAAGACCCCAAUGCUGAAGAUAUGUUCAUCAAGGUUUCAAAGUCAUAUGAGAUUUUGUCAAAUGAAGAGCGAAGGGCCAACUUUGACCGCUAUGGGCAGGUAGAAGAAAAUGAACCGUUUGGGCAGUCACAGCAUCAACACUUCCGCAAAUUCCAAAACAGCUUCUACUUUGAUGAGUCUUUCUUUCAUUUCUCUAGGUCAAGGGACUUUGCAGACAGCAAGUACUUGCUGCACCACUCUCAGUUUAACAGCGACAUUCUUCCAGACAGCCACAAGAGGCCGUACCUCAUCAAAGUGACCUCCGAGUGGUGCUUUGCCUGCAUUCACAUGGAGCCCGUGUGGAAGGAAACCGUGCAGGAACUUGAACCACUGGGUGUAGGGAUUGGCAUUGUGGACUUGGGUUAUGAACGUCGUCUUGCGAACCAGUUGGGUGCUCACCGCGCUCCCUCCAUCAUCGGACUGGUGAACGGCAAAGUGACCUUCUUCCAUCAGGCCAUCAUUCGAGAACACCUGCGACAGUUUGUCGAAGAUCUUCUUCCCCAGAAACUGGUGAAAAAGAUCACUGACGACAAUUACAAUAAUUUUCUGGAAAGCUGGCAUGUUGAAAAUAAGCCCAGCGUUCUUUUGUUUGACCAGGACUCCAAUGUUCCCAUUGUCUACAAGUUAACAGCUUUUGCCUUCAGAGACUAUGUUCAUUUUGGUUACGUAGACCAGGGUGACACACACAACAUUCAGCUUCUGCAGCAGUUCAACAUAAACUCUUACGCCCCCAUCAUGCUGCUGUUUAAAGAGGACACAAAAAACCCAGUGGAUAUCAUCCAGGCCAGAGGAAUGAAGUGGCAGAUCAUGCACGAGUUUGUUGCCAACAACAAGUUCCUGCAAGUCCCCCGACUGGUCAACCAGCAGCUGUUUGAUGAGCUGUGUCCUGUCAAACAGUUUCACAGACGAAGGAAGUAUUGUGUGCUGCUGAUUACCAGCGAGGACCAAGCUUUUCUUCCCCGAAAUAAGGCAUUCCUGGACUUUGCCACGUUUAACAAGAAAGAAGUACUACGGUUUGCAUACGUCUACCAGCAUCAGCAGCAGCCUCUCUGCCAGGCUCUGCUUCCCAACCAGGCUGUAAUCUCCCCUCAAGUGGUUAUUCUUGAGAGGCGGAGUCCAGCUGGCAAGGUGCUGUACCGCUCUGUGAUUGGUGGGUGGAAUGGUAGUGACGAAGACAAAUACCGCCUCCUUGAGCAUCUGGAGCUCCUUCAGAAGGACCCUACCUUUCUGACCUCGGACGCCACCUUGCCAGAACUCAACAAUGAGAUGGCCCCUAUUUUCCUAAUUCAGUGGAUGAAUGCUGCUUUUGAUUACGUCCAUCAAAUUUAUGAUGACCUUCUUUACUCAAACUGGCGCGAGAUGAUGCCUAUCCUGUCGUUGAUCUUCUCAGCUCUUUUUAUUCUUUUUGGGACUGUCAUCAUACAGGCCUUCAGUGAACCAGGUGAGACUAAACCCCGGAAACCAACAGCAAAAGAGCAACCUCAAACUGAAGAUGAUGUGUCAAGUCGAGGCACUACCUCCAGCCGCCCCCCCAAGAAGGAUUUUGUGGAGGUCACUGAGCUGACAGACAUCACGUACACCAGUAACUUGGUGAAGCUGCGGCCAGGACACAUCAACGUUGUUCUGGUGGUCACCAAUGCCUCUAAGAACGCCUUGCUGCGCAAAUUUGCGAAGGAGGUCUUUUCUUUCUCUGGGACCCAGACUAUCCACUUCUCCUUCCUCAAUGCUGACAAGCAUCACCACUGGAUGCCCUCACUCCUCCGCUCGUGCUCAGGCACGUCAUCCAGCGUGGGUCAUUCCGACGAGGACGAGGAGUCUUCAGACUACCAUGGCCAUGUCUUGGCCCUGAACGGCUACAAGAAAUACUUUUGCCACUUUAGACCAGUCUUCACCGGGGACGAUCCGAGCAAUGCAUCAUCCAUCUUUGAAUCGUCGUCCUUUUCUGAGAGUGGGAGAAAGUCACGAUCCAGGUCUCGGUCUAGCUCAAACUCCCCAUCCCGUUCGCAUUCCCGAGAGGAUGGGGUUAGGUCAAAGAGAGGCUCCAGUAGGGCCACGAAUAUCGAGGUACACCACAAGCUUGACCGCCUAGGACUGUGGAUGGAAAGGCUCAUGGAGGGUACUCUGCCUAGAUGGCACGUCCCUUCGUGGCCUUCCCUCCAUGCCGCUGAAAACAUCCCCACAGAGAGCUGAGCUCGGCGUAACCACGGUAGUGCUCAUCCUUUGUGGUCUUGCUUUUGUUUGCAGAACCAUUUCUGAAAUUAUUUAAGAUUUCUUUGCUCCUCUGGUCUGGUGCUCAUUUGUUGGUUCCCAACAUUUGGGAUGCUUUCAUAUUAAUAGCUCAAUGAUGACUGGUAUGUGUUUCUUUUGUUUGUGUGUGUGUGUGUGUGUGUGUGUG